CCGGGCUCCAACUGGGCCCGCAAUCUCCGUUCCCGCCCGUGGCGGCGACCUAAGGAGUUCCUGUGCCUUUACCUAACGUCUUCCUCCUCAAGUUCCAACUUUCUGGUCUCCCUUCCUAUUUUCUGACUUUUAGUUUAAAGCGUCCACGGACACGCCCCGGAGAGGUUCGCUCUUCGCGCGGGAAACGCCUGGCGGUCGGUGGCGCGUCCUCUCAACCUCCAGGCUUGGCCCCGCCCAGGCCGCCCGCCCGUUAACGGCUGCGGGUCGUCCCGCGCCCCCGCCGGUUACGCCGCGCCGGCCUCUCGCGGCAGCCUGGACGUGCGUUCGGGGCCGUCCUGAGACCACCGCUUCGCCGCGUCUCGCCAGGGCUAUGGCCUCCUCCGACGAGGUGCUGAAAAAAGAACAUAUCCGUUCCUUGACUAUGUGUGGCCAUGUUGGUUUUGAGAGUUUACCUGAUCAGCUGGUUGACAGAUCCAUUCAGCAAGGCUUCUGUUUUAAUAUUCUCUGUGUUGGGGAGACUGGAAUUGGGAAAUCAACACUGAUUAACACAUUGUUUAAUACUAAUUUUGAAGAACAUGAAUCCUCACAUUUUUGUCCAAGUGUUAGACUUAAAGCUCAGACAUACGAACUCCAAGAAAGUAAUGUUCGAUUGAAAUUGACCAUAGUGAAUACAGUGGGAUUUGGUGACCAAAUAAAUAAAGAAGAGAGCUACCAACCAAUAGUUGACUACAUAGAUGAUCAGUUUGAGGCCUAUCUUCAAGAAGAACUAAAGAUCAAGCGCUCCCUCUUUAACUACCAUGAUUCUCGUGUCCAUGUGUGUCUCUACUUCAUUGCCCCAACAGGCCAUUCUCUAAGGACACUUGACCUCUUAACCAUGAAGAGCCUGGACAGCAAGGUGAACAUUAUACCAUUGAUUGCCAAGGCAGAUACAAUUUCUAAAACUGAAUUACAGAAGUUUAAGAUGAAGCUCAUGAGUGAAUUGAUUAUCAGUGGCGUUCAAAUAUAUCAGUUCCCAACAGAUGACGACACUACUUCCAGGAUCAAUACUGCCAUGAAUGGACAUUUGCCGUUUGCUGUUGUAGGAAGUAUGGAUGAGGUACCAGUUGGAAAUAAAAUGGUCAAAGCUCGUCAGUAUCCUUGGGGUACUGUACAAGUGGAAAAUGAGAAUCACUGUGACUUUGUAAAGCUUCGGGAAAUGCUUAUUUGUACAAACAUGGAGGAUCUGCGGGAACAGACCCAUACUAGGCAUUAUGAGCUUUACAGGCGUUGCAAACUGGAAGAAAUGGGCUUUUCAGACUUGGGUCCAGAAAACAAACCCGUCAGUCUUCAAGAGACUUAUGAAGCCAAGAGACAUGAAUUCUAUGGUGAACGUCAGAGGAAAGAGGAAGAGAUGAAGCAGAUGUUUGUGCAGCGAGUAAAGGAGAAAGAAGCCAUACUGAAAGAAGCCGAAAGAGAGCUACAGGCCAAAUUUGAGCACCUUAAAAGAAUUCACCAAGAAGAGAGAAUGAAACUUGAAGAAAAGAGAAGAGCGUUGGAAGAAGAAGCACUUGCUUUCUCUAAGAAGAAAGCUGCCUCUGAGCUAGUCCAGAACCAGUCAUUUUUGGCAUCAGGUAGCAUUAGGAAGGACAAGGACCGGAAGAACUCCAACUUUAUGUGACACAAGAGUUCGAGAGCACAGACAGCCGUCACAAGCAAAAGUUACUAAAAAGUUAUCAGUAUGCCUUGAUAUUUUUUGCUGCUUUUGCUUCAUCACUAUUAUUUGGCAAAUGACCACAAUUAUUCACAUUUAUAGAAAAGUAUUUUCAGAUCUGAAAUUGCCACAUAAGCCAGAGUAUAUAUUUCUUGCACAUUUACUGUUGUUAGAAAUCUUUAAGCUGCUAUUUUGCAUUGAACCUUAGUCUGCUUUCCCACUGCUGAACCAUAGUCAUUUUCCCAUGCAUUACUCUAAAGAGCAAAGGCUCAAUGCUGUUAACUACGGAACUCUUUCAGAUUAUGAAUGUGUAUGAUUACAUUUUUACUUAUGGAUGAACCUUUUUUGCUAUAUCCUAAACAGAAAAUCUGGAGGCAUAUACUUUGGAAUGUAUUACAGAGUUAAAUCUAACAUCAACCAUGGAAAACUUUUUAAUUUUAAUACAGUUACCCAGUUGGCAACAUUCUAAGGUAUUUUGUGUCAAAUUUAUAAGAUUAUUAUUACCUUUUAUGCUUUAGUAUGCUUUAAUAUGGUCGGUAUAUCACUGUGAUUAAAAAAAUGUUUAAACAUUAAAACACACAUUUGAAACUGGGUUAUAUUUUCAUUAAGAUACCUUACAUAGUUUUGAAAAUGCUACCUUUCAGGGGAAAAAUAAUAAAGUUGAGAAGUUUCUAUUAAAAUAUUUCUUAGAAAUAUAAGCGUGAACAUUGGAAUCUUAAAUAUAUAAAAAACUUGGUAAUUCAUAUUUCAGGGGAAUAUUUGCAUUCAGUGCCUUAGUAGUCCUAGAUCAUUUUAAUGUUUUCUUUUUUGUAAUGGGCAUGGAUUUAUAAAUUUUCAUCCUUUUGUACU